AUGGCUAUCAAAGUUGGUAUUAACGGUUUCGGAAGAAUUGGACGUUUAGUCUUGAGAAUUGCUUUGCAAAGAAAGGAUAUUGAGGUUGUUGCUGUCAAUGAUCCAUUCAUUGCUCCAGACUAUGCUGCUUACAUGUUUAAGUACGACUCUACCCACAGAACUUACAAGGGUGAUGUCAAGUCUGAAGGUGACACUUUGAUUAUUGACGGUCACAAGAUUAAGGUUCAUGGUGAAAAAGACCCAGCCUCAAUUCCAUGGGGUAAAGAUGGUGUUGACUAUGUCAUCGAAUCCACUGGUGUAUUCACCACUCUUGAAGGUGCCCACAAACACAUUGAAGGUGGUGCUAAAAAAGUUGUCAUCACUGCUCCAUCAAAGGAUGCUCCAAUGUUUGUUGUUGGUGUCAAUGACGACAAACUCAAUAAGGAAGAUGAAAUUAUCUCCAAUGCUUCAUGUACCACCAACUGUUUGGCUCCAUUGGCUAAAGUUAUCAAUGACAAGUUUGGUAUUGAGGAUGGUUUGAUGACCACUGUCCACUCCAUGACUGCUACUCAAAAGACUGUUGAUGGUCCAUCCCACAAGGACUGGAGAGGUGGUAGAACUGCUUCAGGUAACAUUAUCCCAUCAUCCACUGGUGCUGCCAAGGCUGUUGGUAAGGUUAUUCCAGAAUUGAAUGGUAAAUUGACUGGUAUGUCAUUGAGAGUCCCAACUGUUGAUGUUUCCGUUGUUGACUUGACUGUUAACUUGAAGAAGUCAACCUCUUAUGAAGAAAUCUCCAAGGUUAUUCAAGAAGCUGCUAACGGUCCAUUGAAGGGAAUUUUGGGCUACACUGAUGAUGCUGUUGUCUCCACUGAUUUCUUGGGAUCUUCAUACUCUUCAAUCUUUGAUGACAAAGCUGGUAUCUUGUUGACCCCAACUUUUGUCAAGUUGAUUGCUUGGUACGAUAACGAAUACGGUUACUCCACCAGAGUUGUUGAUUUGUUGGAAAAAUUUGCCAAGGUCAAUGGAAAUUAA